AUGCCCAAGAAAAUUGAAGGGUACUGAAUACAAUACCAUGUCAAAUUACGACAUCGACAUAAUAUGCCAUGAGACAUGCGUGUAUCAACUGUUUCGUUAUCAGUGCUACUAGUAUCUACCAUGUAAACAUUUCAUGAACCAAACGAUGACUUUGACUGAAUAUCUUAUGUUAUCGCACCAUUAUCUAGUACCGAAUAACACAUUUCUUGUCAUGAGUGCAAUAACAUACGCAAAGUUUUAGUUGAGAUUUUUUGUUUGCCGGUAUCUGGAAUUAUUUUAAAACGAACUUUAUUUUCGGAUCAAUUAAAUGGAAACUAAAUUAUUUAAUAACCUACUGGGAAUUCUGUUGAAUGUUGUUUUCCCAAUCAAGAUGUUGCUAAGACUUUAUUCCUUUUGCAUAUUGAUGGUGGAUAUAGCAUGGGUGGUGUUUAAUGCUGUGUGUGCAAUUUUACAAGCUGUUUAUGAGCUGUUCAGGCCUCCACCAUUAAAAUCAGUAAGACUUGAAACUGCACUGGUGAUCGGUUCUGGCCGUGGAGUGGGUCGUGAAAUUGCCAUACAACUAGCUGAUCUUGGUGCAAUUGUCUUAUGUGUAGACAAGAACAGUACUUCUAAUGAUUCCACUAUAGAAUGUAUUAAAAGUAAAGGAGGUUCUGCUGUUGGUUACACCUGUGAUAUUACUAAGAAAGAGAAUGUUCAGAUGUUGGCAGCUCAGCUGAAGAAAGAUGUUGGGUUUGUGAGCAUGUUGUUCUAUUGCUGUGGAAUACCGAGUCCCAGAUCCUUGAUGACUCAACCACCUCAGGAUAUACAUGAUACAUUAGAUGUUACACUAACAUCUUAUUUCUGGUUCAUAGACCACUUCCUACCUGACAUGAAGGCUAAGAACCAUGGGCAUAUAGUAGCAUUGACUUCAGUGGCCGGACUGAGCUAUAUAAAGGACCAGAUGCCAUUGAGUGUUGCUCAGUUUGCUGUCCAGGGCCUAGCUGAGUCCUUGACUGAAGACCUCCGGGUGAACAAGAUUGAUGGAGUACAUGUUACGCUUACUCAUAUCUAUCCGUUUGUCGUCAGUGAUGAGAGUGCUAAUAUUAAGUUAAGGAUACCAAGCUACUUUGGCACAAUAACUCCAAGCAAAGCAGCCAAAUCAAUACUAGAAAGUGUUCGCAGAAACUAUUUUGAAGCAUCAGUUCCUAAGCACCUUUUGUACUUAGGACAUCUCUUACGUAUCUUGCCGCGAAAGGCGACCGUCCUUAUCAGAGAUUUACUUGAUACUGGGGUGGACUUUGCAUGAAGAAUUUUGUAAUAUUUUAUCUAAAUCUCAUUGGUUAUUGCUUGUACUGAUAAUUCAGAUAUGUAGGACCAUAUAUUUAGUUUAAGAAUGGCAUAAUCAUGGCAUUUGUAAGAACGGUAGUUCACUUUAUAGACUGAAUUUUAUUAACUAUUUUUGUAUCUUCUGGUAUGAAAAAUAUCAGCUACGUUAGUGGAGUUAGAGUAGUAAAGUAAAACACUUUUUUGUUAUUUUUAAUCAGAUUUUAAUAAAAACCGAAAACCGUAAGCAUGCAUAUUGUAGAAUAAUGUAGAUAAAGUAGUGUAUGUAAUGUUAGUUAUUUAUUUUUAUAUGCAUUUAUUAGAUUAAGAACAUAAUAUUUUUUAAUUGAAUUACCUACUCUUGAAUUUUGCCGGGGUAACACAGUUUUUAAUAAAAAUAAGUGUACAAAAACUAAGGAAUUUCCUACAAUAGAAGAAUAAUGAAAUUGUAUCUACAUUAAAAGUAUUUUAUUAAAAAGUCGUUAAAAUAUU